GCUUGCUCAUGCUCCGCUCUCCUUCGGUUGCGCGCGCCGCGCCCGCGCUUUUCCGCGCCGCGCGCCCGCCCGCGCGCGCGAUGGCCGGGGGUGGCAAGCCGCUGGUGGUGCCCGAGUCUCCGUUUGACGGGCCGGCGGAGGGCAGCUUGGCGCGCUCCGAGCCGAUUGUGGAGAUGGGCGUGAGGUACGAGGCAGGCAGCCCCUCGCCGAUGGAGAGUAUCCUCAGCCAGGAGCCGAUCGUCGUCGAUGGGCUCCUGGCGGUGACGGGCGGCGGGGCGCUCGGCUUCCCCAAGCAGUUUAUCAAGCUCAAGCCCGACGACCCGACUCCAGUGGCGUGCACCUACUCGGGGCUGCGCUUUGUGAGCAAGCAGGCGCUCAAGAAGGCAGGCAAGUUGUGACUGACAGUCUAGUGCUAGAUGUUCGAUUCGAACUCCGAUUCGUCGCGGUAGCCACCUCUCGGCAGGGCAAGCGGCGCGGCCUCUCCCGUGUUUUCAUGAUUAUGUGACGUUCAUCGGUGCGUUUCACGCGUGUCUCGUGAAUAAAACGUCAAAGUGC